UCAACAAAGUAAAGUUGUCAACAUUAACAACCACCAACACCAAUCAAAUAAAUUUUUCUUCAAUUUUGUUUUAAGCGAAUGAAACUAAAAUAUUACAUUUAAAAACAUGGGAACAGAAGUGGCUUUAUCAUUUAACUCUUUACGUACACAAUUAGAAAAUGAAAGAAGUAGUUUGUAUAAAAUUGAUGAAAAUAUAAAAAAAAUUGUGCAAACUACGGGUCGAUUUUCCAAUAAUAGAUAUAAUGCUUCCGGUGACAACUCUAGAGGACAAAGACAGCCAAAUCGGAAUUAUCAUAAUACAGAUGUGACCAAAAAUGAUGAUGUCUUUAAACGUAAACAUGAAACAAAAACUGUUUUUAGCAGGAUAUCAGCAAAAACUGCAGAUAGUGAUGGAGAAGAUGAAGCGUCUGGUCCUAAACGGUCUAGAGUUUCUUCAGCCGUAUGCCGCGAACUCCCAACAAGAGCGGCUGUGCUCAGAGCUCAAGGUGAUGAUGAGCAAGCUAGGACUAGGAAUAGAAGGAUAUUUGGUUCCUUACUUGGAACCCUUCAGAAGUUUAAACAAGAAGAAAUAGUCUUGCAGACUAAAGAGGACAAAAAAGCUCAAGUUGAAAGAAAAAUUGAGGAACAAGCUCGAUUAGAAAAGGAAAGGGAGUUGAAGGAGCGUAGGGUAUUGUUUGCUGAGCGUGAACUCAAGAAAGCUACCAUUAAAGCUUUAGAGGCUAAAGUGGCACGUGUUCAAGAGUUUGAAACAUGGGAACAAUCACAACGUAAUCUUGGAAACUUUAUACUGACUAAAGCUAAACCUCAUAUCUACUGGCUGCCUAAUCUAAAUAAAAUGUCAGAGAAGGCUCAAGAAAAGUUAAAAUCAAGCCAGCGUUAUCAUGAAAAAUGCAUGUCCAAAAAGCGUCAAGAGCUGGAAGAAGAGUUGCAGAGAAUAGAGCAGAGGUGCUUACGACAGAAGGCACCAAGAGCCAAAGAAAACAAUCCUGAGGCCAACAAUCAUGCAUCUAUCAUCAAUCCUGAUGAGGCUGAAAAUGGUAAUAAGAAGAGAGAUAAGUUUGCUAUGGAUGCUGAUGAGAAAGAAGACAGUGAUGGAGAGGAACAUCCAGAGGAAAAAGAAUUGGACCAGAAAACAGAAACAAUAAAAAAUAAAAUAGAUGGAGGUACAGAACUGAAUGAAGCUAUAAUAGAACACCAAGACAAUGUUAAAGAUGUUGAAUUAGAAGUUACAACAGUAGAUAAUACUCAUGAAGACAUCAAUACCAAUGCAACUGAAACAUAUAAUGAUAAAUCCAAUGAAUAUAAUUUAGACCAUUCCUAGAUGUAGUCAAAAGGCUGAAUGGUGGAUCUGGUUCAACAUAUUAUACAUUUGACAUCUAUGAUCUAUUUCAAUUGUAACAUUUAGAAAUUUAUUUAAAUUAAAAGUAUGAUAUCAUUAAUAGCAUUGUUACACCAAUAUAUCUGAGAAAAAAAAGAAAUCUGACGGUGUAGGUUUGCAAUUUGAUGUACAUUUUAUGUAACUAUUAUUAUGAUACAAUUUUAAAGAAACUGUAUUUUCUAUAAUUUUAUAAACUUGCUUUUUUAAGUGUAUUUAUCUUUAUGUCCUAGCUUAAAUUAAUAAUUUUAGGAUAAACCCAAAUAGUUGUAUGACACAUUCAAGAUCCACUACUUGGCCUAAACAUGUGUCCUAAAUUAAAGUAAUAUUAUUAUAAGAUUUAUCUUCAAAUAUUGUUU